AUGCAGCUCUUUCAAGUUUUGCAUUUACUUUUCUUGAUCUUCUUAACAAAAGCCGAGAAAAUUAGCUUAAAAGGUUGCAACGAUACAUGUGGGAACGUCAAGAUUCCAUUCCCUUUCGGAAUUGGAAGAAAUUGUUCUCUGAACGAAUGGUACAACGUUGAUUGUAACUCCUCGACACCUUAUCUGUCUGCACUCAACAACUCAGAGGUCUUGAGUGUAAAUAAACACUAUGGAUACAUGGGAGAGGUCACUGUUAAGGUCUCCAUGACUUUUGAUUGCGUGAGACCAGUGCAGCAUAGUACUCCUGUCCUAAGCAAUGAGAGUCCCUUUUCUAUUUCCACUUCUGCUAACAACCUCUUCGUUGAGGGGUGUGGCAUUAAUGCUGACGUCAUGGUGAAUGGGACUACUGUUGCCAGUUGUUCAACGAUUUGUCGAAAUGGUACUGUGAGUGAUAGAAACAAGUGCUUUGGCAUUGGUUGUUGCCAAGCUACGAUUGAGAAUAGGACUGCUGAUGAAUGGUACGCAUACUAUAAUCGUCCCACGAAUAUCAAGACGUUUAGGUUGAAUGUAACAGGCUUGGAAGGGCAGGCUAGAAAUGAAACAUGUAGGUCUGCCUUCGUGAUGAACAGUUCAUACUUCAAAGCAGGCUUUCAAAUUGACAGGGACAACACUUAUGUUCCGAUAACACUUUGGUGGUUUUCAUUUGAAGAUGACAGCAAUAGUUCACCAGAAUGCACAAAGUGUAAAAAGAAAAGAGGGUAUUGUUACGUAAAUCUUGACGCUGCAGCGGGUACAGGUUGUUAUAUUUUUAACAAAACCAAAUUUGGUUUCAUUCUGGGUGGUAUUAUAAGCAUGGUAUUGCUUUUUCUAAUGGCGAUCUGCUAUGCAUCGUGCAAGAUAAUCAAGAAAACUAAAGCAAAGAGAAGAAAACAAAGGUUUUUUAAACGCAACGGUGGAAUGGUUCUUAAACAACAACAAUCAACUAAUGUUGAUAAAACCAUACUUUUCACCUCCAAAGAAUUGCAGAAGGCGACCGACCACUUUAAUGAGAAUAGAAUCCUUGGUCGGGGAGGUCAAGGUACUGUAUAUAAAGGUAUGUUAACCGAUGGUAGGAUCGUAGCAAUCAAGAAAUCAAUGGUGGUUGAUGAAAACCAAUUAGUAGAGUUCAUCAACGAGGUAGUCAUUCUUUCACAGGUCAACCACAGGAAUGUAGUCAAACUAUUGGGAUUUUGCCUAGAGACUGAGGUCCCACUACUUGUCUCCGAGUUCAUCUCAAAUGGUACCUUAUAUGACCUCAUUCAAAAUGAAACCAAUGAAUUUUCAUUCUCUUUAUACAUGAGAUUACAAAUUGCUACCGAGGUCGCUGGAGCACUUUCUUACUUACAUUCGGCAACCUCCAUUCCGAUAUAUCAUAGGGAUGUCAAGACGACUAAUAUACUUUUGGAUGAAAAGUAUAGAGCAAAGGUUCUGAUUUUGGAACUUCAAGAUUGGUAUCAAUAG